GUCAUAUAAAUCAUGUUCUCUAAGCUCUUUUCUUCAAUUACCAGAAAAGGGAAAAAGAAGGUAGAAGCAUCCCCGGCGAGUGAAAUGCAAAAGGAGCCCGAGCCUGUAGCAUCCAAACCAACAGAUCUGCAGGUACCAGCCAACAUGCCAACUGAAAAGCCGUCUCCUGAGAAAGUCAGUGCUGCUCGUAGAAGGCUCUCCGUCGAUGGAAAUGAUUGGAUAUUUGAUGGAAACAAAGAGUUGGACACAACGAGUAAAGAAGAUAUUGUUGUCCCCAAAGACGACCAAAUGUAUAGAGUAUAUGCAGGAAAAUCACAAAAGGGUUAUAUCUUUCAGAAUCCACGCAAGGUGAAUCAGGAUACGAUGCUGAUUCACAAAGACGAGGCAACGAAGUCUCUCGUUCUGGGUGCGUUUGAUGGUCAUGGAGAGCAUGGUCACUAUGUUUCUGGGUUCAUCAGUGAUCACUUUAUAAAGCAUCUCUUGCAACAUGAAAAAUGGACUUCAGACAUGAAAACUGCAGCUGUCGAGUCCCUCCUUCGAGCCGAAAAGGAAUGCAUAGAAAAUCGGUUUAUAAAGACUGACUUCAGUGGCACGACGGCAGUGAUUUGUAUUAUUCGUGAUGAUUAUUUACUCACAUUGAAUGUGGGAGACUCGCGUGCCAUUAUUGUGACCGAAGUGGGAGAUGACUUCACUGUCACAGAUCUGACACGCGACCACAAACCAUCCAUUCCUGAAGAAAAGGAACGAAUCGUAAAGGCAGGAGGACGCGUCUUCAAUAUGGAAUAUGAUGAUGGUUAUGACGGACCUGCUCGAGUUUGGCUUGCAGACCAGAAUAUUCCAGGUCUGGCAAUGUCACGAUCUUUGUGCGAUACCGUAGCACAUACUGUUGGUGUAAUCUCGAUUCCUGAGAUAACGGAGCGUAAAUUGACGGAUGAUGAGCGAGCUCUUGUCCUUGGAUCGGAUGGCUUAUGGGAAUUCAUCUCCUCGAAGGAAGCGAUUCGUUUGAUUCAGGAUUGUAAAGACCCGGAGAAUGCUGUUGAAACACUCUGUAAUGAUGCCAGGAAGCGAUGGUUGGACGAGGAGAAGGUGGUCGAUGACACGACAGUGAUUGUCGUAUUCUUGGGGAAAGAAAGCUGA